UUUGCCUUUAGCCAAUCAUCUCUCGCUUUUCGAAUUCCUAGCCAACGAGAUUUGAAAAACAAUCCAGAUUGCGCUGUUCGGAGGAUUUCUAUUGGUUCAACCGAAGAACGCGAGGCAAGAUUAUUUUCAAUUACUGACCAAUCGUUCUCGGAUAGCUUCGGCUUCCCGAAGACUCGAAGGAGAAAGUGGCAAGUUUGAAUUCGCAGCGGCGCUCGAGGAAAAUAAAGUGAAAAAGAGCUUGGAGCGUUGCUGGAUUCUUCGUGGGAAAGGAGAGUGAAAUCUGGUGACAUGAGCUGGGUUGUGGAAGAGUGGAAAGAGGGUCUUUCCACCAGAGUCCUUCAGAAAAUUCAUGACCUUGAAAGUCAAGUUGAGAAAUUUAAAAAGGAACGUCAGCAAAGGCAAUUUCAACUGGAAUCUCUGGAGGCAGCUUUGGAAAAACAGAAGCAGAAGGUUGUUAAGGAAAAAAAUGAAGGUGCAACCUUGAAGAGAGAAAAUCAGAACCUGAUGGAACUUUGUGAUAACUUAGAGAAAAACAGGCAGAAACUUUUUCAUGAACUUCAGAUGAAAGAAUCAGAAAUUAACUUUCAAGAAGGACAACUCAUUUCAAGCAAGAAACAGGUUGAAAGUCUAGAGCAAGACCUUAAAAGAUACAAAUCUGAACUGGAAAGACAACCAAAGACCUUUGGCAGUGGAAAUACAUCUUUUGAAAACACCCCACAGAGAAUCAACACUGGCUCUCCAACAGCAAUCUACAAUGAUUCCAAAAUCAAAGACCUUCAAAGAAAAUCUUGCAAAGAAAUUGAAGAAAGAAAAUACCUGGAGGCAGAACCAAAAAGCAUGACAUCUCAGAAGAAAACUAAUGCCUUGCAUUCAGAAGGUAAUAUAACUCGCAGAGAAAUUGCCCGGCACCAAGCUUCCUCAUGUGUAUUCUCAUGGCAACAAGAGCAAACUCCCAGCCACCUUUUGUCCAGCCAUCGAGAAACUCCUCAUAGCAAUGGGUCAACCAAGUCACAAUUUCCUUUGGAAUCUGCAGUAACUCUUAAUCCUAAUGUGAUAAAAUUAACCAAGAAAGAUUUCAUCAAUUGCAAUGUCUCCAACAACAGCCAGGACUCUUCAGCCAUUGAGCAACUGAAAACUCAAAAUCAAGAGUUAAGAUGCAGAAUUCAGGAACUAGAAAAUAAAUUACAAAUUCAGACACAAGACGUGAAAGCCAACGUAAUGAAGCUUCAGGAUACUCAUCUGCAAGUGGAAAAUAUGCAGAUGGAAUUAACUGAAAAAGAGAAAACUCUGAACAAGGCUACAAAUGAAAUAAUUAAAAUUAGAAUACAACUGAAUCAAACGACUGAUCAGCUUACAGCAAAAGAGAAAAAGUUCAGAGAACUCUCAAACGAGCUAAACUGUCAGAAGCAAAAUUUUGAAAGUGUGCAGUGUGCUUCACAACAGAAGAUUAAGGACAAGGACCAAGAGAUUCUCACAACAAAACAGCAGUUUGAAAAAAAUGCCAAGGACUAUGCACAGAAAUUGAGUCAACUUGAACAGGCUCUACAAACAAUGCAGUUGAAGGAAAAAGAAUUGAAAGAAAACUAUGAGGAAAUUAAGAAGCAAAAUAACUUUCUCAGCUGCCAGUCCGCUGAACAUCUGCAAGAAAUUUCUCAACUAAAAGAAGGACUCUGUAGCACUAAACUAUCCCUACAGCAGAGUCAGCAUUUUGCUGAAGACCUGAAAAAUAAAAAUUGCUCACUUAAAAAAGAAUUCAAAUUGCUUGAAGAAAAACUGAACAAGCAAGAUAAUUCUGUCAGUUUAGAAAAAAUGAGCCUUGCUGUUUCUGAUGUUGAACAUGAACACAAUUCUCUCCAGCAAAUUCUCAAGGACAAAGAAAAUGUAAUUGAAGAGCUCAAUAAGAAACUGGAAAACACGGAAACUCUGCAGAAAACUACUUUAGAAUGUAAAGACCUUAAAAAAGAGAUUAUGAUUCUUUCUCAGUGGAAAAAGAAAAGCAAACAACUCUUGAAUGAACUAGAUUUAGAAAAAGAAGAAUUAAUGAGCAAAAUACAGAGUUUGGAAAAUGCUUUAAAAGCUGAGCAACUUAAACAUCAGGAGAAGGAAAUUGCUCUCCAAGAUGAACAUGAACAAUUUAGUGAACAGCUGAACAUUUUUGAGCAGGUGGUAAAAGAUAAAACAACUGAACUAGAGGCACAAAGAAAAGCCUAUAGUGACCUCCAGCAAAGAACAGCAAUGUCCGAGGAAAAACUACAGAAAGAGAGAGAAAACAAUUCACUGAAAUUAUUUGAGUUCACUAGAGAAAUGGACAUCUUGCAGAAAAGGCUCGACUCUGAAGCAAAUGAAGGGUUAAAAAAGGAGAAAUGUAUUGUCUCACUUGAAACAUCCUUAGCUUCUUAUGUGCAGUUAAAUGCAUUCCUUCAGAAACAGGUUGAAGAACUGGUCCAAACCAGAGAUGAAAUGGAAAGAUUAGCUGAAAAAGAAGACCCAAAGCAACAGAUCUUCAUUCAGGAGAUGGAGCAGCAUAUCAGUGAAUUACAAGAAACAGUUUUCCAAAAGGAAGGCCUACUUUCCAAAGCAUUAGCAGCUCUUGAAGGAAAAAACGAGAAUCUACAAAAGUUGAUUGAGGAAUCAAAUAGGCAACAAACAGAGAUUCAGGAUUUGAAAGAGAGCAAUGUGCUGCUUAAGGAUUUGAUCCAGCACCUAAAAGUCAUGGGCUUAAAGGAAACAAAUGUAUCUACCAAAAUAUUCUCAGAACGAGAUGAAACUGAAGGACUUCCAAAUGAAAAUUCCAUGUUUGAAAAUACUGUCAAUAUUUUGGAAGAAAAAGUCUUAAACAUGGAGCAAGAAAUUUCCAAAAGUUUUAGAGAAUGGAGGGAAAGCCUUUUGGAGUGGUCACAAGGAAAGCAAGAAGCGAGCUUAUUACUGCCAGAAGCUGAUGAAGAAGUAGAAAGGAAAAGUACAAAGGAAGAUUAUUUAGGAAGUAUAAGGAAUCGGACUUGCCAUUUGAAGGUACAAAAAGCCAUAUCUGAUAUACCAAAGAAACCGCUUAUGAAUAAAUGUGAGCAGUUGCAGACUAAGCCAAUGUCCUUGGAGAAGAAAAAGAAUAAUUUGCUAUGGCAACUUGAAAAAAAUCACUCAGUAUCUGAAGAAACUAAUAGUUUAAGAAAGGAGGAAACAGGAGAAAAUAAUAGGCGCCCUUCUGUAAAUAUCUUGCUGCAAACACUGAUCUCAGAAAUGAAAGUAAGUGAACAUGCAGCACUUGACUUUGUUUUAAACGAACCAGCAUUAGAACAGCUGAGGGUAUUUGUAGAAGAAAGAGAGAAUGAAGUUAAGAAGUGUCAGGUGAAGCUUGAACUGCUUCAAAUGGACCUUGAGGACAGAGAAAUUUCUUUAGAAAAUUAUGCUGAUCAGAUAAAGGACUUGGAGAUGAUAUUGAGAAUUAGGGAGAUAAAAAUGGAAGAAAGUGAAAUGGAAAAAGAGAAGUUGCUGCAUAAAUUACAAGCACUUAAAGAUUUGCAAAAUUCAGCCUCAAAGAUAACAGAGAUCAGUGAAGAUGACCAAUCACCAAUGUGUUUCAGUGCUGUAAUCAAGGACAAUUUUAACCUACAGAAAGAUGCCAAGUGUUCAUCACUUCCUCAUGAUCUGAUGCCCAGCCAAAAUGAUUAUCUCCAAUUAGUAUCCUCCCUACACAUGACAAUGAGCAAGCUAAAUGAGUUGGAGAAAAUGUGUGAACACCUGCAGAAAGAAGACUCAGCAUUAGCAUCACAGCUGAAAGACUCACAGUUGGAAUGCAUCAUAAACACAGAUAUUAUGAGAAAAGAAUUAAUAGAAAAAAUGGAUAGGCUGAAAGUAAAGACUAUUUCUGUUUCUGAUAAAUUAAAAGAUAAGAGUAAAAUGGAAGCACAAUCUGAUAUGAAGGAAGUCCCCUUAAUAACUCCAGAGGGUUAUAUGCAAUUUGAUUACGAAUAUUUGAAAUUAAUUAACAAAGAAAUCAAAACACAGUUGAAUGAAAUCAAGGAAAAGAUCUUUUCUUUGAAAAAAGAAUAUGAAAUUUUAUAUGUUCAAAACCUGAAUGUGGCCUUUGAAUUGUCAGAGUUGGAAUCCUGCAAUGAGAUGCUUAAAGAUAAAACUAUUGCGUUGCCAAUAUUCAACAAAGCCGAGCUAGUUUCUUUUCCAGUACGGAUGAUGCAAAGCUCAGUCAAUAAAGAAUUUAAAGCAUAUGGAAAAUUUUGUAUGGAAACUCUGUAUGAUCGUGAAGUCUUCUCCCAUACAAAACGAAUGUUUAUGGAGUCUGAUUUGGAAAAUGGUGUGUCAUCAAAUGAAGUGGGACGACAAAUUGAUCUGGAAGAUUCUUUUGAACAAUUUAAUAUUGCUGAUGAGUUAUAUAGCGAUGAUGCCUGGGCCUUUCUCACUAAACCAAUGGCUAUGUCCAAACAUUUUCAAUGUGAAUAUUGUGAACACUCCUUUAAGGUGCUUAAGGAAUCAUUUAGAUCUCAGAAGAUUCUGGAAAGUAAGGAAAUAGAGAAGAUUCAAGAGCUGCUCCUUUCUGCAAAGAAGGAAGUAGAUGGUCUACGAAAGGGCAGUAUAUCUGGCAAUGACCACUGGCAACAAAAAAUUCAUAAAGUGAUCCUGCAAGUGGUUUCUGAACUUCCAGCUGAGAAGAAACUUCCUAAGCUGUUCUCUCAGAAACAAGGAGAACUACAAGACCUUGAUUUAAGUUUUCAUCCAAUAAUUUGUGCUGAUGCUGGCCAACCAAUAUCUGCUAAUCAACCGCCUAAUCCCUUAUGCUAUUUGAAAAUGGAUAGCUUUCUUGGGGAAAGCCUUGGACUAAAAGCUAUAAAUGAUCAAGCAGUAAAAAUCUAUGAAGCAAACAGAAGACAAAAAAGUUCUGCAUAUGUAGCAAAUAUAACAUCUACAGAAAAAUACUUCCCACAUAUCAAUAAAGCAAAUGACCGAUCCAUACAUUCUUCAAGAUGUCCUCUAGAGUCAUCCUUUUUUCCUUCAAAUAUCAGCACACACAUGUUGGGAAACUCCAUGGAAAACCAGAAGGCCACUGAAAUGCUUUGGUUAUCAAUAAAGAAAGCUGGUAAUAACAAUUCUAAGCUUUUCCACAAUGUAGAGGAAAGCAACAAAAUAAUUAACAUGGAAGUUCAGUAUCUGCAUUCAGAUUUGAAUUCAAAAAAUACAGAGUUGACUGAAGAGGUUGCGUGUGCGGAAUGUAACAAAAGAGCUGUGGUUCUUGAACAAGAAAAGGAAGACUUGAAUGAGGUCCUCCAAACAGUACCUUUUGAUACACAACAAUUAUCUUUUAACUUUAUGACUCGUGAGCUAGAACUGAAUAAGGUAAAAUCGGAAUGGGGAAUGUAUAAAAGCAGAUUGCCUGAUGCAACACAUACUUUAGAAGAAUUACAAAUGAUCAAAGCAGACAAUACCCAGAAGCUUUUUGAAGCUGAAACUGAACUGAGCAGGAUAAAAUCUGAGAAAACAAAUUGUGAAACUUAUACCUUGGCCAUGGAGACAGAUACUGAAAAGCUUUUAUCAAAAAGCAAGCGGUUGGAGCAAGAAAAACAAAUCAAGAUAAAAAAUAUUUUUGGCCUUCAUGAGCAGCUAAAGAUUAUCACUGCAGAGAGAAACCAAUCCAAUCAGACUACUUUGCUAAGGGAUAAAGAAGUAUUGGAUCAGCUGUGCAGCAAAAUGGAGAAGAAUAUAAAAGAGUUUGACUCAAAUCAAAUGGAUUCUAUUGAAUUUAUCAAAGUAUUGAAAGCAGAAAGGAAAACCCAAGCAAAAUUCCUUCCAGCUGCUAAGGCCGCAAAGGAUCAAUUAUCAGUUGAAAAUGUGUGCUAUGUGGUGCAGUUCCAGAAUCUGGACAGAGUUAUGAGGGAUCUCAUGUUGGAAAAAGAGGCAGCAGAAAUUCAAAUCAAAUAUCUGACUGACGCAAGAGAAGUGACCCUUAGAGAAUAUGAAAUUUUACACAGCAAGCUAAGCAUAUUUGAAGCCAAAAAUGCCAAGAUAUCCAAGUCCUUGGAAGGAUCACUAGUAGAAAAAGGUGAACUUGCAGCAAGGCUAAAUUCUGCACAGGUAAAAGCAGAUCAGUUGCGACAGGGCAUUGAAAAGCUGAAAAUAAAAAUAGAAUCUGAUGAAAGGAGCAGGCAUUAUCUGGCUGAAAAGUUGAAAGAAAGUAAUAGAAAAGCUGAUGCUCUCACAGACAAAAUUGAAUAUCUGGAAAGAGAAUUAUAUAUGUCAGAGGAGAAUUUGGAAGAUGCAAUUCUUAGAAUGGAGACAGCUAAAGCAGAGACUGAAAUAAUAAAGACUGACAUAGAAAGAAUGUGUGUGAGGCAACAACAUUUAGAAGGUGAAGCCGAAGUCUUUAAGUUAGAGAAAGAGACUCUAGAGAAAGACUUGAAAGAAAAACAAGACAAAGUAACUAGUUUAGAAGUUACUAAUUCUACAUUAAUAAAUCAACUGAAAGAUAAUGAAAAAGAGAAGGUGCAAAUUAGAGGUGAAUGUGAAAAUGCAUUAAGAUUGAUGGAAUCACAGCUAAAAAAGCUCUGUGAAGAAAUUAAACUCCUUUAUAGUGAGAAAGAAACUUUCAAAUCAAAAGAACAGGAUCUCAUUUGUGAAAUUACUUCUCUCAAACAUGACAAUAUGCAGUUGGUUGGUUAUCUGCAAGAAGCACAAUCCAGUAGCUCUACUGUAGAGCAGUUGAUGAGAGCUUUCAUCCAGGAAUUACAAAGCUUCAAGCAAACACUGAAUGAAAAUGUUUCUGAGCCAUUGCUCCAAAAUGAAUCUUUGCAAGCUAUCCAAAAUGACCUACAGGUGUCUUUCAAACCUAUCGAAGAAAAUCUAGAAGUCACACCAUGUGAAAAAGCCAUCUUUGAAAAGGCAAACAGCCUAAAUCAAAUUCUUCAACUCAAAGAAGAAUAUGAUUCUUUCUGUCAUUCAGUUCAGUUGUGUUUGAACGCCUAUAAAAUUCUAAAGCAGGAAAAAGCAGUAAUGGAGAAGCAAAUUUGUGAACUUGAAACUCAGAUGAAGAUGAUUGCUCCACGUUUUCUGGUGGAUGUUGGUGCAGAAGAAAUCGGGUUGGAGCUAGAAGAAUUGAAAGAAUCAGUUGAGGAGAAAACCAAAGAGGCAAAUCACAAUUUGGAAAAAUAUUGUGCACUGUUAAUUAAGCAUGAUAAAUUAGAAGAAGAAAAUGAGAUGCUAAGGACUCAGGUCUCGCUUUUAAACACUUGUCUCAAGCGGUUAUCAAAUGACACCAGUUCCUCUCUCAGAAGUUUUCAAAACCCAGUGGAAAUCAACGGGCUUCUUACAGAAAGAGCAGAUGUGCCUAAGAUCAUGAAGAAGGGAGAAAGAUGUGAAGAAAACAGAAUCAAUGAAUACAGCUGUCCUUGCAUUUCUCAUCAAGCAUCCUUAGAACCAAGAAUGGACUCCUGCCUUUUCAGUCCUAGCUUGAAAUCGCCAACAUUUAUUGAUAACUCACAAAUAACAGAGAAGGUUAAGACAGAGAAUCUUAAAACAACAGCAGAGGGCAGCAGACUACAAAAGAUGAACCAUGAUCAAGUUGAUAGUUUGGAUCAGGAUUUUAUUCCCAGAUCUCCCCUUUCCAUCUCUAGCCUGUCAUCUCAAAAGGUUGCUGAACGACCUACCAACCAUCUUGAUAUAAGAUACUUUCCAAGUACAAAAGAAAAUGAUUUGGACAAAGCCUGCCAUGUACAAUGAACCAGGACUGGGUUGGUGUUAGACUUGAAAUCCCAGCAGCAAAGAAUGAUUCAGAAUGAAAUGCUAAGAAUGUCUUCAUAAGCUUCUUUAAGUCCAUAUCUGAUGCAAAGGAAGAAUCCUAUUUACGAUUGCAUGGGUAACAAAAGGAAGCCAUGUCUGAUCCUAGGAGCUGGGGUGGCAUAGUGGUUAGAGUAACACAGGCUUAUUUUGUCCACUGCCAGGAGUUCGAUCCUGACUAGCUCAAGGUUGACUCAGCCUUCCAACCUUCUGAAGCCAGUAAAAUGAGGAGCCAGACUGUUGGGGGCAAUAUGCUGACUCUGUAAACUGGCCAGAGAAUGCUAAAAAGCACUGUGGGGCAGGUAUAUAAGUCUAAGUGCUAUUGAUAUUGCGAUCCCAACAUUCUGGGAUAUGCAUCUAUAAGGACAUAUUUGUAGCCACAAAAGGUUUUUACAAGCUAUGAGGUUUUGUAUAUAACAGUAAGUUGUGGUUUUCUAUGUGUACCUGAAUAAAGGAGCUUGAAGAAAA